AUGAGUGGAAAUCCAUGGGCUAAAAGAGACGCCUGGAGGUAUGAAGGGCAGUUUAGUCGGUUUAAUCGGUUCAAGGGUGCGUUCCCGGGCUUCGGGAUUGGGUUGGCUGCCUUUGUGGUGUACGUGGGCUAUGAGAAGUUGACGGCCAAACCGCACGAGCACUGA